AUGGACGUGGUCUCUGGCAGCAUGGUCCGCCAGGUCGGCCACGAUGGCGAGGACGUCCGGCUGGCAUGGUCGCCAGUCUCCUGCCAGCUCGCCACGGUGGAGGCGCGCACCAGCAGGGUCCAGCGCGUCCACGUCACCGACCCGCAGUCCGGCGUGGCGGUCAUGCGGCUCGACGUGCGCCUGCAGGAUGGCUCGGAUAGUCGCGGAUGGACUGGCGAGCUCGUGUCCUGGAGCCCCACCGGGCGGCACUUGGUGGUUGUGUGGAGCGUCGACGGGGUCAGUUGCCGCGAGCAGGUGAGGAUCGUCGGUGUGCACGGGGGCGCUCUGCGGCAGGACGUGGAAGUCAAUGACCACGUGCGUAUGUUGGCUUGGAGGCCUUGA